AUGCGCAAUUCCAUUCUUUUGUCUGCCCUGGCGGCAGGCCUUUCUAACGCCUAUACUGUCACCGUUUCGGAUUUCAUGAUGUUCAAGAACAUUGAUCCAAUUGUGCUCCCUGGUCAAUAUACCAGCCAUAUGCACAGCUUCUUCGGAUCGGAUGCUAUCACCGUUAAUACAACCACUUCGGCUGAGCUCCAAAAGGGUUGCUCCACCACCGAGAACCCAAAUGACUUCUCAACAUACUGGGUUCCAACUUUGUAUCUCGUGGAGGAUGACGGCAAGACCUACACGCCUAUCAAGCCAAUGCGUUUCAGCGCGUACUAUGAGCAGCCAGAAUCCGCCGAAAUCGCCAUCCCACAAAACUUCAAAGACGUUGCCGGAAACGCCUCUGCAACUUCCCAAGCCGACGUGGAAGAUAACGCCGGCAUCAGCUGGUUCUGCGAAGGCGACGCCACAGAGGACAAAGACGCAGCCGCGUUCCCAACCAAGACAUGCUCCACCCACCUGCAGACUCUGCUUUUGUUCCACGACUGCGUGAACACAGAGACCCUCGAGUCGGCCUACUCAGGAAACCCCCGCGUGAACACUGGAUAUGGCGAUAAUUGGUGCCCAUCGGACAUGAAGCGCAUUCCUCAGCUUCGGUUCUCUAUUCGAUAUGAUUUGCGCAAGUUGCUUCCAGAUGGAUGGUCUGGAGCUCCCCCUCUGGCUCUGGCUUGUGGUUCCUCUUACUGCUCUCACGGAGAUUUCAUCAACGGAUGGAUGCCGGAGGCAGCGCAGAACAUGGUGGAUGAUGCCGGCGCUAAAUAUGAAUAUUUCGCUGUUGAUGGUCCUCUUGGUGAUGCGAGUGAUGGCUCCAUCUGCGGAGCUGAGAAUGCUCAAGAUAGUGACCCCACGCAUGGCACAAGCGAUUACUUUGAAAGCUUGAAGAUGAUGGGGAAGAUGACCAUGCGGGCUCGGAGACAUCACAAGCGCCGUCACUGA